CGCACGCUUCUCCCGUUGGAGAUCUGGCCCCUCACGGCCGGGACGCCGGUUAGUCCCCUGAAGGCCCACCGCGGGCCCCGCCGACGUUAGUGGCCGCACUGCCAGCGCGACAGGCCCUGCGUUUCGGCCGCCGCCGCCGAGGCGCGCGGCCGGCUCCGAGGCGCUCGUUCUCUCCCCUCGCCCCACCCCCUCUCUCCCCCUUCACGGAAACGACAGCUGAGGCGGCGGGACUGGCGCCGCCUCCCUCCACCUACCACGUCUGCCCCUGCCACUCACGCCCGGCUCCCCAGCCCGGCCGCGGCGCCUCCGCCUCCCCCCUAGGUCAGCCGGCAGCUUCGCCCGGCUGCCGCCCAGGAUGAACAUCAUGGAUUUCAACGUGAAGAAGCUGGCGGCCGACGCGGGCACCUUCCUCAGUCGUGCAGUGCAGUUCACAGAAGAAAAGCUUGGCCAAGCAGAGAAGACAGAAUUGGAUGCUCACUUAGAGAAUCUCCUUAGCAAAGCUGAAUGUACCAAAAUAUGGACAGAAAAAAUAAUGAAACAAACUGAAGUGUUAUUGCAGCCAAAUCCAAAUGCCAGGAUAGAAGAAUUUGUUUAUGAGAAACUGGAUAGAAAAGCUCCAAGUCGUAUAAACAACCCAGAACUUUUGGGACAAUAUAUGAUUGAUGCAGGGACUGAGUUUGGCCCUGGAACAGCUUAUGGUAAUGCCCUUAUUAAAUGUGGAGAAACACAAAAACGAAUUGGAACAGCAGACAGAGAGCUGAUUCAAACAUCAGCCUUAAAUUUUCUCACUCCGUUAAGAAACUUUAUAGAAGGAGAUUACAAAACAAUUGCUAAAGAAAGGAAACUAUUGCAAAAUAAGAGACUGGAUUUGGAUGCUGCAAAAACCAGACUAAAAAAGGCAAAAGCUGCAGAAACUAGAGCAUCACAACUAAACUCAGCACGCCUUGAAGGAGAUAACAUUAUGGUAAAUUUCUCUUACAUGCUCAACUUCCUGCAUGUAAAAUGGCUGAAGAUUUGGGCAGAGGAAGUGACAAAAUCUGAACAGGAAUUAAGAAUAACUCAAAGUGAAUUUGAUCGUCAAGCAGAGAUUACCAGACUUCUGCUAGAGGGAAUCAGCAGUACACACGCCCAUCACCUCCGCUGUCUGAAUGACUUCGUAGAAGCCCAGAUGACUUACUACGCGCAGUGUUACCAAUACAUGUUAGACCUCCAAAAACAACUGGGAAGUUUUCCAUCCAAUUAUCAUUGUAACAACAACCAGACUUCUGUGGCACCUGUACCAUCUGCUUCAUCAAAUGUGAUUGGUUCUUCUGCCUUGACUUCAACAAGUGGCCUAGUAAUCACCUCUCCUUCCAACCUCACUGACCUUAAGGAGUGCAGUGGCAGCAGAAAGGCCAGGGUUCUGUAUGAUUAUGAUGCUGCAAACAGUACUGAAUUAUCACUUCUGGCAGAUGAGGUAAUCACUGUUUUCAGUGUCGUUGGAAUGGAUUCAGACUGGCUAAUGGGGGAAAGGGGAAACCAGAAGGGCAGGGUGCCAAUUACCUACUUAGAACUGCUCAAUUAAAUAGGUGGACUAUGAAAAGAUACAUCAUAUUUAUAUGCAAUUAACUCUUAAUAAAGCAGGUUUAAGUAUCUCUCAUGUUAAUGUCUGAAGAGACAGAAAAGAAAAUACCAGCCUUCAGAAACUGGCCUUUCUGCCAAUAAAAUUGCAUGGUAAAUAUUUCAUUACAGAAUUUGUGUUAGAGUUUUCAUGCCAAGAAUGUUUUCUUACAAAAUUCUCUUUCUACUGAGGUUUCACUAAUAAGUAGCUUCUACUUUUGAGCCCCAACUUAAAGCAGAAGAACUGUUUUCUACUGAAUUUUUCAUUAAUGGCAAGCUUUUUCUUUUAUGUAAAAUAAAUUCAUUGUGAGUUGGUA